GAUGCAUUAUCUGACAUGAAUAACGGGUGUGUUUUGACACUUGAAACGCCUUGAUCGCGGAAAGCAUUCCGAUGCUAUGACAGUCGCUUCUCUUAAGGUAUUUCGUAUACCUUUAUUUUAACACUAUAGACUGCAUUCUUGUUUGUUGCUAUCCGGAUACUGCUCUUUGCAACAAGUGGAAUUUUGGUGUGCAGACCACGAUCCAGCUGUCAUGGAGGAGCAAAAGGAUCAAAAUAGUCGUGAUUCGACUGAGUCUGAGAGCGUCUCGCUCUCACCCAAUAUACCAUCUCCUCCGAUUUUACCUCACCAGGCUGCGCAGCAAGCCCACAGAACCACGAACUUUUUCAUCGACAAUAUUCUAAGGCCAGAUUUCGGCAGCAAGAAAGAUCUUGGGAGUAGGGACCGGGCGCAAACCUCGGGUAGGGAGAAUGUUAACCCAAUGGUGAUAAGGCCGUCGCAUAAUAGCAGCCUUUGCCAGGAUUCAAACUGCAGUAGUGACAGCACUUCUUCGUCCUCGUCUUCUUCGCCAUCCUCAAAGCAGACCUCUGCAAAGCUUGUCGAAGGAAAUGGAACUACCACAGCAAGGUACGGGGAGAAUACUAACGGGGGAACUUCGCAAGCGAAAGAAUCGCAGCCUUUACUAUGGCCUGCGUGGGUGUACUGCACCAGGUACUCGGACAGACCUUCAUCUGUUUCUACACUAGGCCCAAGGACACGAAAACUGAAAAAGAAGAAAAGCGAGAAGGAAGACAAGCGACCGAGAACCGCUUUCACGGCUGAACAGCUGCAGAGACUUAAAGCCGAGUUUCAGGCGAAUCGGUACAUUACGGAGCAGCGGAGACAGUCGCUGGCCCAGGAACUCAACCUCAACGAGUCGCAAAUAAAAAUCUGGUUCCAGAAUAAGAGGGCCAAAAUCAAAAAGUCCACUGGCUAUAAGAACGGCCUCGCUCUUCAGCUCAUGGCUCAAGGACUCUACAACCAUUCCACAACAACAGUUCAAGAAGAUAAAGACGAUAGCGAAUAAAAAUGGCCCGGCUUCUCUCCUAAAAAGGCAAUGGACGCUGACGCCGA